UUUUGCCAUCCUUUUUGGUUUUUUUUUUUCGGGUUCCACGGACCACUGGUUAUCAAUCACGAAGGAUCAAAAAUGACCAACCAAGUGACGAUGAACGGUCCCGGUGAUCCAAAGCUUCAUUUCGUUUUUGUUCCUUUUCUGGCCCAAGGACACAUGCUUCCCAUGAUUGAUGUAGCCCAGCUGCUGGCCAAGCGUGGUGUGCUUGCAACCGUGAUCAUAACACCCUUCAACGCCUCUCGAAUCAAGAACACCAUCGAUCGUGCAGCGAAGGCCGGCCUGCCGAUCCGUUUCGUCCCACUGCGAUUCCCAUGUGCAGAAGUUGGCCUACCAGAAGGCUGCGAGAACGUUGAUGUCGUCCCUACAGCAGAACUAGCAAAGAACUUUUUUGAAGCAACCGGUCUAUUAGGAAAACCGCUUGAAACAUAUCUCCGAGAACAGCAGCAGCCCUAUCCCAGCUGCAUGGUUUCGGAUUUUUGCAACCCAUGGACUCGGGAGGUUGCUUCCAGACUGGGAGUACCAUUAUUCACAUUCUACCCAAUGUGCAGCUUCUUUCUCCUAGGCAUGCACAACAUUCUUCACUCCAGUAUCCACGAUGCCAUCGCUGAUGAGACGGAGCCUUUUGUGGUGCCUGGUCUGGCGCACAAGAUCGAGGUUACGAAGGCCCGAACUCCAGAACUUUUCCCUGGAACCGAGUGGGAGAAGAUUCGUGAAGGGAUAAAAGCGGCAGACCGAGCGGCCGAUGGCAUAGUGGUGAACAGUUUCAGCGAACUGGAGCCAUGGUACCUGGAGAGGUACCAAGAGGUCGUGGAAAAGAAAGUCUGGGCCCUCGGACCGCUCUCUCUCUGCAACAAAGAUGCAGCUGAUAUGGCUAAUCGGGGGAAGAAGGCAUCCGUCGACAAGGAUCGAUGCUUGAGAUGGCUUGACUCGAUGAAGCCGAGGUCGGUCGUUUAUGUUAGUUUUGGUAGCCUGACACAUGUGGCACCUUCCCAAAUCAUCGAUGUAGGAGCCGGCCUGGAGGCUUCGAACCAUCCAUUCAUUUGGGUGAUCAAAGAGAUCGAGAACUCACCAGAAGUGGAGAGAUGGAUGUCGGGGGCGUUUGAACGGAGGACAAGUGCGAGGGGUCUUAUCAUAAAGGGGUGGGCGCCCCAACUGAUGAUCCUAUCUCACCCUGCUGUUGGAGGAUUCAUAACGCACUGCGGGUGGAAUUCAUCACUGGAAGCCAUCUCGGCAGGGGUGCCGAUGAUAACAUGGCCCUUCUUUGGAGAUCAGUUUCUCAAUGAGAGGUUAAUCGUGGAUGUUCUGAGAACCGGAAUCAUGGCUGGUGUCAAAGAUCCCUGGAUGUGGGGGACCGUUAGCAACGAAGUGUCUGUGAGGAGGGAUGAUGUAGAGAAGGCAGUGCGUAGCUUGAUGGAUGUAGGGGAUCAGGAAAGGGAACUGAGAAGGGAAAGAGCUACGGAACUAGGAGAGAAGGCUAGAAAGGCUGUGGAGGAAGGAGGAUCAUCAUAUGUGAACAUGACUCUCUUGAUCGAGUAUGUACGCAACAAGCUACACCAUUCUUGCAAUCCUCUUGGUUCCUAACCACCGUUACAUGUUCCCGACUCCUGGUUCCGAUAUCCAUGUCUAUGAACUGGCAGCUUUCUUUAUGCGCUAUAUCUGAAUUUUCUCGUGCGAGAAUACAGCAUUACUUAAAAUUCACCAGUACAUCUCUGUAAUCAAAACAAUAUAUACUUGAGGCUUUAAUGCAACCUCCCAUUAAUGCGU